UAACGGAAUUCUAGGGUUCCCUCCCCAGUUCCCCAUUGCUCCUCUCCAUCUCCUCUGUCUCCCUCGAUCCGCGCCGCAGCUGCCCCCACCGCCCUCCGCCUCCACCGAAGCAGCGCCGCCAACCGACGCCCUCCCUCUCUUCUCCGUCCGUCCAUCCCUCGUCGAGCCAAGCUGGGAGUGCUGGGGGGAUCUCGGGGAUGUUAAUCGGCGACCAAUCUUCGGCUGAAUCAAGAUAGAAACAGGUUUUGAUACUGAAGUCUGGGGGAGUAGUAUACUCUGUUUGAGUAUACCAUUUAGUUUUGGAAUAAACCACUUCUCCACAUGGCGGGGGCUGAAUCCGCACUACCCGCAGUUGAUCAUGUGGUGUUGGAUAACAGCGAUACUGAAGUCUCAGAGGUCGUGGAAUGCGAUUCCACAGUUGUAGAAGUGCUGGACAAGAGUGCCGGUGAAGAAGUUCGUCUGCAAUUUCCCUUGGGAAAUAAGGAAGAUGUAGAAUCCCUUGGCACAGUUUGUGAUCUUGAGAAUAAUGAGGGUAAUGUUGCUGAGGCAACCACUCUGAAUGUGGUUGCACUAGAAAUGUCCAUCUCUAGCAAGGUUUCAGAUGAAAGUAUUUCACUGGGUUGUCAAACACCAAGGGGAAACAUCUUUGACCCCUUUGCUCCAGGACCAGAGGAGGCGCUCUGCGGUGCGCCGAAGAAGAACGUGGUUAGGGGAGUAGAGACCCUCUCCCGCAGAAAGCUCAUCUUUGAAUCUGAUGACUUCCCAGUCAAGAGGUUAAGCUUUGAGUUUGAUGAUUCAGAGGAGGAAGAUCUGUAUCUCCAGGGGAUCUGCAAGAUGUUUCUUGAUCUGAUCAUCUCAAACCAAGCGCUGGAGGCAACCGGAGACGGCGAGGCUGUUCUGAUAGAUGCUGCCAUCCCACCUGAAAGCUACAAGACCCCUGAAUCAAAGCCUCUACUCACCGGCAUCGCGGACACCUGCCCGGACGCUCCUCUGCGGCCAUCUUUGAAGAUGAUCAAGCUCAGCCCGGGCAUCUGCCGGAAGCUCGACUUCGGUUCGGUCAGCCCCAAGACUCUUUUCGCUGAAGACAAUAAGAGCUGAGCCUGUCCCCAUCCUUGGGGAACAUGGUCUUGGUGCGGCAUCCUACAGAGGCAUGUCAGCGUGGUGACUUUGCUAACUCUGAAGCUGUACAGAGCUAGCGGUGAUGGUUGAGUAGGAAGCAGCCUUGAUUAAGUUAUACAUGUAAAAUCUAUGUUUAGUUUUCCUUUGGUUUUAGCUAAGCCCAGUCUUACUGCCCUGAUUGAUCAUUGAUGUAGUAGUACCGGCUCAUGUGCCUUGUGGGCUUUCGGCCUAGCGUUUUGUAAAUCUUGAAAAAUAGCUUGUUGUCUCUCUGUGCUUGCCUUGAACUGAAGGAACUGUUGCAGAUUCA